GGGUGGGCUAGGCCGUGACCUAAAAUGAAUGCUCCUUGUAUGUCCUCGCGUGGUUUUCUCGCUCGCUUAUUACUGGAAAGAUUCUGCUAAGAACCAGUGUACGCGAAAUCUUGAAGUGUGGAGAUAAGGUAGCGAACUUUACACUUAAAAUCGUUCGCUUUAGUGACUUUAGUCACUACCUGACCCUUAUAUUGCUUCUGAAAUAAAACUUCUUGUUCAAAUGCCAUUUAAGUCACUUUAAAUCUCUUCAAGAAUAAGCCAGCCAAAUAUCAGAACCAAUACAAUGCUUUCCAAUUACAAGAAUCUAUCGAUAACUUUGAUACUGCAUACUCCAAUCAAAAUGAGAUUUGACCACGGAUCAUACUUCCGGUUACUUGAAAUAUUCCGAUCUCUUGAUCUGGGAGGAGCCUGGAAGCCAAAACAAAGAACUUUCUUCUGUUGAAAGUUUAGAAGGAACAAUAUUUUUUCAGUAUUGGAAUCUCUAGAGGUCACAGAAGUUCUCUAAAAGAAUGAUUCAGUGGGGAAAAUUAUCUUUCUGUCCGAAUGUACGAGUAGGUAAAAUUUCUUCGAUGGCUGUCAAGGUGGCGCGGUUUGGAAUCCAGGCUUGGAAGCACAGGAACAGCGACAACUGCGAAGAUACAUCCAAAGUAAAACACGCGAACUUUUACACUUCACCUCAACCUAAUACCCAGAGUGUCAAUAUUUCUUCAAGUGUAACUCUAAAUGACGGCGUACAAAUUCCGAUAUAUGGCUUGGGAGUCUAUCUAGCCGGAUCUGGUGAAGAAACUCGACAAGCUGUGCUUUGGGCCUUGGAAAAUGGCUAUAGACAAAUCGAUACAGCGGCGCGAUACAUGAAUGAAGAAAGUGUUGGUGAGGCCAUUAGGGAGAGCAAGAUUCCACGAGAAGAUAUAUUUGUUGUCACGAAGCUGUAUGACACUGAUCAUGGAUACGAUGAAACGUUGGCGGCUUUCAAUAACAGUUUAGGAAAACUCGGAAUGGAAUAUGUAGACUUGUAUCUCAUGCAUUCUCCUCUGCCUGAUAAAAUCGUACCUUCUUGGAAUGCCAUGGUAAAGUUACAAGAACAAGGACUGAUCAGGUCUAUAGGUGUAUCUAACUUUGGUAUCCACCAUCUUGAAGAACUGAAGAAGCACUCUACAGUGAUACCUUCUAUCAAUCAAAUUGAAUUGCAUCCGUUUUUACAAGAGAAUGACCUCGUAAAUUACUGCAAGAAAGAGGGCAUUGCUGUUCAGGCUUAUUCACCUCUAACAAGAGGAGAGAAACUUGGCCAUCCUACACUGAAAUUCAUUGCAAACAAGCACGGAAAAACACCAGCACAAGUAUUACUGAGAUGGUGUAUACAGAAAGGCUAUGUUUGUAUUCCCAAGUCUAGUCAAUCAUCUCGAAUUAUAGAGAAUGCCAGCAUAUUUGACUUUAACCUACCGCAAGAGGACAUGAAUACUUUGGAUGGCUUGGAAGAGGGAUUCAGAACAGGAAGACCCAAAAUACUGGAGCCUUGGAAUGGCUAGUUGCACAGUGACACAAUUAAAAAGUGCAACAUUCAGGGAACCUUUAAGUAGGCUUAACCUGCUGGUCUGUCUUUUCACACACAGUAUAUUUGGAGUUGAAUAAAGUGCUAUUACUGGUAAGUGGAUGUACAAGAAGUCAAUGUUCUAGCUUGAACAGACUGUCAUUUUGCACUUCAGACCAAAUAGUCACUGCAGCUGUAAGUGGAGUAGAAAAUAACUUCCGUAUACUCUAGCUAUGAAUGUAUUGUUCCAGAAUAUAUCUGUACCCCCCACCCUGCACCACUGAAGGAUUUUGGUUUCAAUGCCCUUUCUCUCCUACAGCCUCAGAAUUUCCCAUGACCUUCUAGAGGGUGGGUAUGGAUAUUUUCUGGAGCUGCACAAUGUUCAAAAGAAGAGAAAAUGAUUCUACACAGUACCCCAAGUUUAGUUUUAUAAAGCCUUUUUUUUAGCAAUAAAAGUUAAUCCCAAAAUGAAUGUGCUGCAGAUAUUACCUUGGUUCACAAAAAAAUUACGAGCUUUCUAACUUUCCAGGAAGAUUCGAAGGUGCUAUUGUAAGGGGUCAGACAUUUACAUUUUUUAUGAAUCCCAUAGACCUUUCCCGCAUUCCAGCAAACAAUGGAGCCAAGGUGACGUCAGGGUGAACAAAAAUACAGUAAAUGUAUGAAAUGUCCACCCCAACCUCACUCUGGUGCGGGAAAGGUCUAUUUGUGGAUAAUAACUUCAUUGAAAACAUAAUUUGAAAAAAUAGAAUUUAGAGACCAAGAUUGAUAUCAAUUUUUCAAUCAAGAUUUCAUUGCAGGGUGACAAAUGUAAGCGCUUAGCUAUUUCUAUUGUAAACAUUAAAGCAAAAAUAGUAUAUACGUUAGCUGAGUUCUGAAGUUGUGAAUGUAAGACAAAAGACAUUAAAUUUGGUAAAAUUAUUUUAUUUUGUAAAUGCAGUUUAAAAUGGUGCAUGACUACCACGUCAUGUUAAUGGCAAGUUUUCUAUUUAAGUUGCAAGAUGUUAGUUUUUGCCACAAAAAACGCUUCUGUUGCUCAAUAACGUGGUUUACACUUUGUUAUAUAUAAAGUCUUCUAUUUAUGGGUUAAAAUGCUGUUUAUUUCAUAUGGCAUUAUUUAUAACAGUGUUUUAUAAUUUUCUAAUAAUAAAAUGGUUAAUCUACAGGUUUUUGUCUAUACAUUUCUGAAGUGUUGUCUUGUCUUGUGACUUUUGUACAAAAUGCAUGUUGUUUAAUUGUUUUUAUAUAAUAAUUAAAUGAAUGCGCACGCUCUGAUUGGUCGGUCAGCUAUGGUUUAUUGUGC